AUGGAAAACGCCUUCUACAUAUACACCAAGAACGAGGCUGAUAUGGACAGCAGAACAUUCGUAAAAAUUUUGAAGGACGCUAGUAAGGCAUUCAAAAAGGGAAUUUUCCCCGAGGGGUUCAUCCUCAAAUUGCUGAACAAAAAACUGACGGCCGUGGAUGCGGACCUCACAUUCGCGAAGGUUAAAACGAAAGGAGCCAAAAGAAUUAACUAUGACCAGUUUGUUGAAGCAGUUAAGCAUUUGGUAGACAAGCAUAAGUUAAAUUAUGACCAGUUUGUACAAACAUUAUGCAAUGAAGCUUCCAGUGGACCAAUCCUUUAUGGGACCAAAGCUGCCAAUGUCAGGUUCCAUGAUGACAAGUCAACCUACACAGGUGUUCACAAGCUGGGAGGACCAACCAUCAUUGACAAGAACAAGACGCAAUUUUCUGACAUAUCCGAAAUUACAGAUCGUUCGGAAUGCAACAUACGGGGAGUUAAUCUCAGCGUUGAGAAGAAUUUGUAG